GACGGCGAACAGCUCUAAUGUUCGAAAAGCCCGAUUGCAUCUCUCGCAUCGAACCUUUCGAACCCAAAUGGAUAACAAAGGAAGAUCGACGUUGCUCAUGUAUCCAAAACAAACGUGCAUGUGGCCAAACGUAUCUCUGCUUAUGCAAUUGAUUUUCUGAAUUUAUUUCUUAUAUUUUGCUUUGUAUAGUCAAAUUAUAUCGGUGAGGUGUAAAAACUAACUGCGCAACCGCCUAAUUUUCUAUACAUGCAGAGAGUUGAUUGAUUGGUUCAAACUAGUGGGACAAAAACACAUUAAAACUUAUUUUUCUAAAACAAUUGAACUAUUAAUGUAAGUAAAACCCACGGUUAUCUCUUAAAAACCUAUAUUUACAUGCAUUAUAUCUUAAAUUAUGUCUUAAAUCUAAACAGUCAAUCCUAACCUAGAAGUUGCGAGCUAAGGGAGAUAUUCAGGUGAAGCAAAUACUGAAGAUUUGUGAGUAAAACUUAGUUUAUUAUACGUUUUUGUAACACUAACACAGAAAUAUAUUUCAGUUAAAGUUGCCCUGAAACUACAGCGUUUGUGGUUCCGCUUCUAAAAAACUCAGUGCCAACAAUCUUUAAAAAUCUUCAUCGAUCCCUUCAGCAUGGCAACUGCGAGAGUGAAUGAUCCACAGGACCAACGAAGCUGCAUGGCCUGCAACCGCCCAGACCACAUCGACGAUAUGGUGGCGUGCGAUGAUUGUAGUGCCUGGUAUCACUACAGCUGCGCGAAAGUUGAUGCUACCGUUAAAACCCAGUUGUGGAAGUGUCAACCCUGUGGCCUCACCCCGAAAACUACUUCGACGACCAACCCGGGAGGCGGUGCUAGCCUGAUCGUGCCCGCCGGAGCUACGAAGAAGACGACAAAAACGGCCGGCAGCAGAGCAAGUACCAAUAAAUCUAAGAAAACGAAUGUCAGUAAGACCGUAAGCGUCUCGUCUAGUGCCAGGGCCCGUCUUGCUUUAGAACUCGAGGUUUUAAACGAACAGCAGAAGUUAGAAGAGCUAGAACUAGAGGAAGAGAAGCAGAUUAGAGCUAGACAGAUUGCCCAGGAGAAAUUGAUUAGAGAUCGCGAGUUAGAGAUAGAGGCGAAAAAGUUGGCGGAAGAAAAGAUAUUUCUCGAAAUGAAAACAGCUGAGGAGUUGAGGUUCCGUAGGAGUCAGAUGGCAAUCAAGAAGAAAUCGUUGGAAGAGAAGGCUAAACUUAUUCGCGAGCAAUCUCAGCGCGGAAGUAGUCGUGCGUCGAGCGUCGGUCAAAGUGAAUCUGAGUUGGGUGCAAAAGUGAACAAGUGGCUUGAAUCUACGGAACAGCAGACAGAGAAAAACCGAGAUAUUCCAUCAGCGAUAAUUGAUACGACGAACGUGAAAUUAGCGAGCUCAUUCGGCAGGCUGGGAUUGAUGAAGCAAGGCAACGAAGAACAACUCGCAGCAUUUGGAGGUGAACCAGAUGGUAAGGAGGACGCAGCUGAGUUUCGUCGCAAUCCGAACGCUAGCACAGAUGAGGCCAACGAUCUACACCAGCGGGCGGUUGGCGACAACGUGCAGAGAAGGAACGAGAAAACAACCGUAUUCUACGAGCAAACGUGCCCACAACUCCAACGAGAUUGUACCGAUAGCGACAAUUUACGCAUAUCGGAUCAAAUGGAACAGGGUCCAACAAAUCGUCAAAUUGCCGCUCGUCAAGUCAUGGGAAAAGAUCUUCCAGUUUUUUCAGGCAACCCAGAAGAGUGGCCAAUAUGGGUCAGCAAUUUUGAAAGAUCUACUGCCACCUGCGGUUUUUCUCAGGAUGAGAAUCUCAUUCGACUGCAACGUUGUCUAAAAGGGCCGGCCCUGGAAAUGGUUCGUGGAAGACUUCUAACGCCAGCUAGUGUUCCGCAUGUAAUAAAGACUCUACAGUUACGCUAUGGUCGACCGGAAACCUUGAUCCGGGCGCUCACUGAAAAGAUCCGGCAUCUUCCACCACCGAGGAUGGACAAUUUGGAGAGUAUCAUCGACUUCGGAAUGGCGGUUGACAACCUUGUUGAGCACCUGAAGACCGCGAAACAAUAUCCGCACCUAAUGAACCCCUCUCUUCUUCAUGAUCUGGUCGGUAAGCUGCCGGUGGACUACAGGAUGAAGUGGGCAGCCUAUAAAGGUGCUAGAGUAGAUGCUGAUCUGAGGACAUUUGGUACAUUCAUGAACUCUAUCGUGGAACUGGCGUUUGACGUUGCGGACGAUCAUCCAACAAGCAAACCAUUCAAACCACAGCCAAGAUCGAAGGACCGCGGUUACGUACAAUCUCAUACAGAAACACCGUGCAUGGAAGAAAAUGCGCUUUUCAACAGCAGUAGUCCAACGGAAAAACCUAAUAAAAGGUCCUGUGUGGUGUGUGGAAUAGAAGGCCAUCGUGUCCAUGAUUGUGACCGAUUCAAAUCUCUAAACGCCGACGAAAGACUGAAAAUUGUCAACCAGAACUCAUUGUGUAGGACCUGCUUGAAUCAACAUGGUAGAUGGCCUUGUAGAACUUGGCAAGGAUGUGGAAUUGCAGGCUGUCGACUGCGACACCAUACGCUUCUACAUACGUCGGCACAGGUCACGCCAGUUGCGGUGUCUACUAGCCACUUGGACCAAAAACAAUUUGCUGAGGGCCCUUGGUUUAGAUUAUUGCCGGUUUCACUCUACGGGCCAAAUGGGAAGAUCGAUAUAUUUGCGUUCAUCGAUGAGGGUUCCCAACUAACGCUACUGGAGGAUGACGUCGCUACCAAACUUGGAAUUUCAGGACCAAGUGAACCACUGCAGCUGCUAUGGACAGGGAAUAUCACGCGCAAUGAAUCCAAAUCUCAACGGCUUCAGGUGGAUAUAACUGGAUCACAAGCAAACCAACAUUUCAAGCUUAUGGACGCUCGCACAGUCGGAAAAUUGAAACUUUCAAAGCAGUCAUUGAGUUAUCGUGGCCUAGCGGCAAAGUAUCCUCAUCUUCGUGGGCUACCCAUGAACGACUAUGAGCAAGUUGCGCCCAAGCUAUUGAUUGGUCUUGACAAUCUGAAACUCACAAUACCACUAAAAAUACGCGAAGGACAUUGGGGUCACCCCAUGGCAGCCAAAUGCCGUUUAGGGUGGAGCAUCUAUGGAGGGUCACCCAGAGAUGUGGGGCCGGUCACUUGUGGGUUUCAUGUUGGAGGAUGGACCAAUCAAGACCAAGAAUUGAACCAGUUAGUUAGAAACUACGUGGCGUUGGAUAAUUCUGGGAUAACAUCGCCGAUUGCUCACCUAGAAUCCGAUGAAGAACGACGCGCAAGGGAAAUAUUGGAAGCGACGACUAGGAGAACUUCCACCGGAUUUCAGACGGGUCUCCUCUGGAAAACGGACAAUGUACAGCUGCCAAACAGCUAUGGAAUGGCCUACAGGCGGCUUCGCAGUUUGGAGAGAAAGCUUCGCGACAACGACCAUCUGUAUGAAUGCGUGCGUACGAUUAUACGUGAUUACUUGGAGAAGCAGUACGCGCACGAAGCCACGAAGGAUGAACUUACCAGCACAAAGCCAGAGAAGUGUUGGUAUUUGCCACUGGGGAUAGUCGUCAACCCUCGGAAAGACAAGGUACGACUGAUCAUGGAUGCAAGAGCGACGGUAGAUGGUGUAUCAUUCAACUCCUCUAUGCUGAAAGGUCCAGACAUGUUGACGUCGUUGCCAGCCGUACUCAGUAACUUCCGGAUGUUCCAGUACGCCUUAGCCGCCGAUAUAAAGGAAAUGUUCCACCGUAUCCAGAUUAGAGAGGAGGAUCGACAAUUCCAAAGGUUUCUUUGGCGAGAUCAGCCGAACGUGGAACCGACUAUAUUCGUGAUGGACGUAGCGAUCUUUGGGUCCACAUGUUCCCCGAGUUCCGCCCAAUAUGUCAAAAACCGCAAUGCACGGGAUUUCGCUGGCAACUAUCCGAAGGCAGCAAAUGCAAUUAUUCGUCACCAUUACGUCGACGAUUACCUUGACAGCUUUGGUACGAUGGAGGAAGCAGUAACAGUCGGACGGGAAGUAAAGCAAAUCCACGCAAAAGGCGGGUUUGAAAUACGGAAUUUCCUGUCCAACAAACCCGAAAUCGCCGAAAGUGUGGGAGCGCAAUCAACAGCAAUGGAGAAGAUAUUCCAAGCAGGAAAGGAAGAAUGUGCUGAAUCCAUCCUCGGUAUGAGAUGGAUUCCUAGUAGUGAUCACUUCACUUACUCUCUCGAACUGCGUGGAAAUCUACAAGCGGUACUGGCUGAUACACACGUUCCCACGAAACGGGAAGUUCUGCGGGUUGUGAUGAGCCUUUUCGAUCCUCUGGGCCUCAUGACAUUCUUUUUAAUACAUGGAAGGAUUCUGAUGCAGGACAUAUGGGCUUCCGGAAUUGGCUGGGAUGACACUGUCAACAACCAUUUGUGUGAACGAUGGAGAAUGUGGUCCGGAUACCUCCCGCAGUUAAACUCGAUCCGCAUCCCUCGUUGCUACUUUGACGGUGCUAACCAGGAAAUGUACUCAACGCUGCAAAUACACGUAUUUGUGGAUGCAAGCGAAUCAGCUUAUUCUAGCUUAGUAUACUUUCGAGUGACAACGCUCAAAGGCGUAGAAACUGUUUUAGUGUCAGCAAAGGCAAAAGUGGCGCCACUUAAGAUGCUUUCAAUUCCUCGAUUGGAGCUCCAGGCGGCUGUACUAGGUACCCGGUUGUUAAGCAGCGUCAUAAAUAUACAUGGUCUUCCCGUAACCAAGCGAGUGCUCUGGACCGACUCUCGAACAGUUCUGGCGUGGAUAAAUUCCGAUCAUCGCAAGUAUCAUCAGUUUGUAGGCUUUCGUGUAGCAGAAAUCUUGUCUACGACGGAGGUUGAUGAAUGGCGCUGGAUUCCUACCAAAUCAAAUGCAGCAGACCUUGCAACAAAGUGGGGAAAUGGACCCGACUUAAGUGGAAACAGUGUUUGGUUCCGUGGGCCAGAAUUCCUACACCAGCCGGAGGAUAUGUGGCCACAACAGCAGCAAGAUUCUUUCCCGACUUUAGAAGAAAUCAGAUCCUGCAAUACUCAUGCUUCUGUGUCGCACCAGGUCGUAGAUGCGGCUCGUUUUAGUCGUUGGGAGCGGCUCCACCGAACUUUAGGAUACGUUCAUCGGUUCAUCGACAAUAUUAAGCGGAGACAACAAGGUUUUCCGCUGGAAUUGGGUGGUCUUACCCAAACUGAAUUGAUAACAGCCGAACGAAGUGCGUGGAAGCAAGCGCAAAACGAAUACUACCCGGAAGAAUUGGAAGCUCUUGGACAGGAGAAUUGUACUACGGUGACCAAAUCAAGCAAGAUCUACAAGCUGUGCCCUUUUCUGGAUGAGUUUGGCAUACUUCGCAUGCAGGGCCGUCUGGAUCUAGCUCCGCAUGUACCAUACGAAGCAAAGUUCCCAACAAUACUUCCGCAACAAUCAGCCAUCACAAGCCUGCUGGUAGAUUGGUUUCAUCGCCGGUAUAGACACGCAAAUCGAGAAACGGUAAUCAAUGAAAUGAGGCAACAAUAUCAAAUACCAAAAAUGCGGGCGUUAGUGGCGAAGGUAUCAAAGAACUGUAUGCGGUGUCGCCUGUGGAAAUCUAUGCCUGCAUCGCCAGUAAUGGCUCCAUUGCCAAAGGUACGCCUUACUUCAUUUAUACGACCCUUCACGUAUGUAGGCCUCGACUACUUCGGUCCAGUACUGGUGAAACAAGGUCGGAGCAAUGUGAAAAGGUGGAUCGCGUUGUUCACAUGUCUGAGCAUUCGUGCCGUCCACAUGGAAGUGGUCCACUCCCUCUCAACCGAGUCCUGCAUCCUGUCGAUACGUAGAUUUGUCACUCGCCGAGGUGCGCCAGUGGAAAUAUACAGCGAUAAUGGAACCAAUUUCCAUGGUGCUAACAACAAACUGCAGCAACAGAUCGCGGAGCGUAACCAGACACUUGCCGCAGUCUUCACCAACACUAAUACAAAAUGGUCUUUCAAUCCACCUGGAGCUCCUCAUAUGGGGGGAGUAUGGGAGCGAAUGGUCCGUUCUGUAAAGACGGCCAUCGGUACUUUCCUCGAAGCUACAAGGAAACCCGACGAUGAAACUUUCGAAACUGUUAUCAUCGAAGCGGAAGGAAUAAUAAAUUCACGGCCAUUGACGUACAUCCCCAUAGAUUCUGCCGAUCAGGAGUCCCUUACCCCCAACCAUUUUUUGCUGGGGAGUUCCAGUGGGGUCAAGCAACUGUCGGUAUUACCAACGGAGUAUCGGGCGACCCUGAGGAGUAGCUGGAAGUUGGCCCGGCAUUUGGCCGAUGGAUUUUGGAGAAGGUGGCUCAAAGAGUACUUGCCUGUAAUAUCGCGGCGGUCCAAAUGGUUCGAAGGAGUGAAGGAUAUUGCAGUAGGCGAUUUGGUGCUUGUAGUGAAUGGAGCCGUUCGUAACCAAUGGACAAGAGGACGUAUUGAGAAGGUAGUGCCAGGUGCGGAUGGAAGGAUCCGCCAAGCAUGGGUACGGACAGCUGGAGGAUUACAUCGUCGCCCGGCGGUGAAUUUGGCGCUGCUCGACGUCGCUGAACAUGGUGAACCUGGACUAGGACAUCGUAGCCGUUCACGGGAGGGGGAAUGUGACGGCGAACAGCUCUAAUGUUCGAAAAGCCCGAUUGCAUCUCUCGCAUCGAACCUUUCGAACCCAAAUGGAUAACAAAGGAAGAUCGACGUUGCUCAUGUAUCCAAAACAAACGUGCAUGUGGCCAAACGUAUCUCUGCUUAUGCAAUUGAUUUUCUGAAUUUAUUUCUUAUAUUUUGCUUUGUAUAGUCAAAUUAUAUCGGUGAGGUGUAAAAACUAACUGCGCAACCGCCUAAUUUUCUAUACAUGCAGAGAGUUGAUUGAUUGGUUCAAACUAGUGGGACAAAAACACAUUAAAACUUAUUUUUCUACAACAAUUGAACUAUUAAUGUAAGUAAAACCCACGGUUAUCUCUUAAAAACCUAUAUUUACAUGCAUUAUAUCUUAAAUUAUGUCUUAAAUCUAAACAGUCAAUCCUAACCUAGAAGUUGCGAGCUAAGGGAGAUAUUCAGGUGAAGCAAAUACUGAAGAUUUGUGAGUAAAACUUAGUUUAUUAUACGUUUUUGUAACACUAACACAGAAAUAUAUUUCAGUUAAAGUUGCCCUGAAACUACAGCGUUUGUGGUUCCGCUUCUAAAAAACUCAGUGCCAACAUGCUCAGAAGACUAAGAUUUUUCGCAUAGGAUAUAUUUUUUUUAUUUUUUUUAAAGAGAAAUCUAGAAUUUCAAGUUUCUGAUGUAGUUACAAAGAUAUUGAGUAUCAAAAUUGAGUAAAGCUGAAAAAUGUAAUUUUCGCAAAAAAAACAACACAUAAUUUCAAAUCGAUAUUUUCU